CCCUCUCUGUCAUUUUAUUUGUGGCUCAACCAGCAGCCAGAAUAGCAGCUGCAUUUUAGCUCUUAUUCUGUUUCUCUCUGUCUCGGACUCUCUCUCUCUCUCUCUUUCUCCCUCCCCUCCACCCGCACAACUCCCUCUCCCUCUCCCUCCCUCUCUCUCUCUCUCUCUCUCUCUCUCUCCUCGCUAUUUUAUCCCUCUGGCUGAGGCAGUGGUGUACACCUACCCCUCGUCCUGCUGCCGUCCAGAGGGGAGUGGAGCCGGCAGAGGCAGGUAGCAGCAGCCCCGGCUUGGUGGACGCAUCCGUCGCAUUCCUCCACCAUGCCGGACCCGGGCAAGAGGCGACGAGUGGAUGCUGUCGGCUCAUUCAACCUAUUAGACACCGGCAGCUCCAUUUAACUCUGCAUGUCAAAGUUUGCAUUUUCAUGACGCAGCAGCAGCAGUGUGGAUGGAUUAAAGGUAUGAGCAGGAUGCCUUGAGCCCGAGACCCCAUGCCAUUCACUGGUAAAUCCAUAAUAUAGUGAGAGUGACUACAUGGAUUAAUACAUUGGAGCUGAUACAUAAAACAUGGGAGACCUGGAGUGUGGAUUUGAGGAAAUGCAAGGAGUGAGAUUGGGAUACCUGCUCAUCAAAGGCAAGCAAAUGUUUGCUUUGUCUCAGGUCUUCACCGACCUGCUGAAGAACAUCCCUCGGACCACGGUGCACAAGCGCAUGGACCACCUGAAGGUGAAGAAGCACCACUGCGACCUGGAGGAGCUGCGGAAGCUCAAAGCAAUAAACUCAAUAGCUUUCCACGCCGCUAAAUGCACUCUCAUAUCGCGGGAGGACGUGGAGGCUCUGUAUAUCUCCUGCAAGACUGAGCGGGUGUUAAAGUCCAACAAAAGGAAAGCGAAAGCGGUGUGUUCUCCCGGGGGUGAGGAUGCGUCCCCGGGGCUCCUCCGUGCGGACGCCGAGCUGUGGAAGGAAAAAGUUUGGUUUAGUUUGCACGGUGUCCCUGAGACUCUGACGCUUCACAACAAAACCGGCAGGAGGAGAGAGCUGACUCCUUGCCUUACCGACUCCAAACUACCUCAAUUUUACCACAAAACCCACGGACGGGAAUACCGUUCGGUGACAAAGUCCAGUCACAAACACUUUAAAAACUAUGAAACAGCGAAAAUAACAGGGAACCGUGUUACUUUGAGCCAAAGGCACUCGUUUUUCCGGAGCGCGGUGAGCCGGCAGCCGGUGGUGCUUCAGUCCGCCAUAGCUGCUCAGUCCAGGCUCUCGCGCUCAGCCGGCGACCUACUUCACAAAAGGAAGAGGAGGCGCGAGGGGGGCGGCGGCAGGGACAGCGCGAGGCACUCGUGGAGCAGGAGCAGACACGCGCACCAGCACGUACCACCGGUGCUGCUCGUGCAACCCAAGUCAUCCGGCAGUCACGGGACUUCUUUUGGGACUUUUCAACUCGGUCCGGAUUACUAUCUUGACCCCAGACCUCACCAUCAUCACCACCACCAGCAUCACCAUCAUCAUCAUCAUCACCACCAUGAGCCGACUUUCCCGGAGAGUUACAGUAGCGACACCGAGUCCAGCACCUACUCGGACCGGGCGUACCCGGACUCGGACUUCGGGUCCGGCUUCUCCACCACCAGCAACUCCGGGAGCUCGGAGGAGGAAGAGGAGGGCGAGGACGAAGACGACACGCAGUCAGAGAGUUCAGAGGUCAGCUCGGACGAGGAGGAGAGCUCCUCACAGUCCGACUCGAGCUCCGUUUCGAGCCGUGUUUCGGUCCAGAGCAUCCGGUUCAGACGGGCCCGGGUCGGUUCUCUCGCCAAAACUCUCAACACUAGUAAAGCACCUUUGGUCCUGCAGCCCACGUUUCACUACAACAACCAGCAGCAACAAGAGAAACAACACGCACUGGGCCAUGUUGCCACUCCACAGACAGGAGACCUCAGGCAGGAGAAACGCCAGAAAUGUGAAUUUAUAUGCAGUGAAACUAGAAAGGACUCGGGACCCUUACAGCCACCAAAAUUCCACUCAACUGUAGUGGGAGACAGCUUUUUCACCGAGUCCAAAAGGGCGUUUGAGGCUGAUCCAAACAGGACUGACCCCGUGGACGAGCCGGCCCCUUAUUCACCGGAACCCAACCGGAAUAAGACCUUUCACCCCUCACGCAGGACACCGGGGCAUCCCACCAAGUGCCCCCCGGGACUGAGCGCACAGUGUGACCACGACAAGCUCCCCAAAUGCGCCGACAAAAGGGAGGCGAAAGCUGGCAGCCUGAAACUGCCCACUCCACUGAAAAAAAUAAAGACCGAGGCGGAGGAGUCCUGUGUGACCGCCGCCCCCCACUCGGACGGCGACAGGACAGCCUGGACGCCACCCUUCAACCUCCACAAUGUGAAAGUUAAAGUGGAGGAAAGCUGUGAUGAAUAUGAAUACCAGAGCCAGGCCACUGUAGUCAAAUGUAAAGGAGAUAAGGCAGAGAGCAGCAAUGGCCCGUAUCCCAUCAAACAAGGGGACUUUUUCGGGGUCAAAGCCACGGAGAGGAGCCCCGAUGUGCUCCCCAGGUCCCCCUGUGGUCCUCAGGAAUGCUGGAGCACCCAGGACGGCCCAUGCGCGGACGAGGGGGAGCACAGGAACAAAAACUGCAGGGCUCCGGUGCUGGGGAAUAAGAAACCCCGAGUUUCCAGGGCGCAAACAAAACAAAACGUGCCCAGGGUCAACAAGGCUGCGUCUUCUUUUUCGUCUUCUUCUUCCUCCUCUUCCUCUUCCUCUUCAUCCUCCUCCUCUUCUUUUCGUCCCGCGGGCUGCGAGGAAGUAUCCGCGGAGGAUUUACCGAGCAGACGCAAACGCAGCAGCAACGCGAACACUGUAGCAUCGCCUGCUAAAAUGCCUUUCAGCCUCAUGGCAAAUUUCCCAUCCCCGCCGUCGCUGGUUGUUGGCAGCGACGGGGAUUUGUGCCCUGCUUACUCCCUGAACUCGCUGAGGGGCCCCGGGCCUCCCCCUCCGUCCCACCCCGUGUGGAGGUGGCAGCCGGGCGGCCAGAUUCUCCCUCCCCCACACGCUCAGAGAACUAGGAAAUACUGAGCUGGUUUUUUAAAAGCUAAAAAAAAAUCACAAAAACAAAAGCCCCCACCGCGUCAAUCUCCAGACCUAAUCGCAGCCCGAGUCUUAACGUGAGCUCACCGAAUUGCUCGCAACUUUAUCGGCGUUUGUUAUUAUUAUUUUUUUCUUUUUCCCUUUUAUUUUCCCUGUGAAUGGGUUUACAUUCCGCUUUGUUUUGAAGUUUGAUCGAGGAAAACCCACGAGAUCCCCCUUUUUGGAGCCUCAGAAAACGCCCACAGGACUGUGAGACACCGCUCGUGGAUUUACGCUUAAAGGAACUUGUGUUUUACAUAAGCUAUCAGUCCUAAGCAAUAUGUUAGGUUCUCCUUAUUGUGUUUACUUGACUUUUUUUUAUUUUUUAUUAUUAUCAUUAUUUCUUCUUCGCUUUUCUAUGCUCGACCUGUUGGAUUGUAUGGUGCCAGGGUUUCAGUGGUUUGUGCUUUGUCUGAAAGAGGAAAGGGGUAAAAAAAAAAAAAAGAAAAGAAAAGAAAAGAAAAAAAAAGAAAGAAAACCCCACAGCAUUCCUUGAGAUGAGGCUACUCUUAAUCUAUCUGGGACUGCAGAGCAAGCUUGACUUGGUAAAUCACGCAAAAAAAAAAAAUCAGGGUUUCCCAUUCUGUGCCACUUGAUAUAUUUUAUAUAUAUCAGAGCUGUGUUUCCUGUCAUGACUGUCAUACUGAUCAGCUUGGCCACAGUGGCCCAUGUGUCCAAGUGUUCAAUUUUAGAGAAUUAUAAAAAAUAAAAAAAAAGUUUAUUAACGUCCAUCUAUACUCACAGUUACGCCUUUAUUAGAUUUGACAGGAAUGUAUUCCUGGUGAUUGUGGGCUUUUUGUUUGUUUGUUUGUUCCUGGAGUCCUUGUGAUCUGAUUUCCAGUCUUGUUUUUAUUUCUGCUGAGUAUUUCCUGGUCUUCAAACGUGUGAGUUUGCACAGACGCAGGCCCAGACACAACACAGGCCUUAUGUACAGACAAUCAAACAGAAUAAGGCUCAGACCUUCAUAGCACGUUAGUUCCCACGACAGAAUCAGAUUCACGUCCCUCCUGGUCCACGUUGCCACCGAUUUCUUCUGCACACCAUAUUUGUGCCAGGGGGAGUCUGCAUUUGCGUUUAGAGCACGAACAUUGGUCAAAAAUAUAUAUAUACAAAACACAACAACAUUGUCCAAGAAAGGCUCUUGGGUGGGAUGUGAUUGAGGAGUCACCGUGGGGGCAGAACAACACCAAAACAGCGUGAAACACCUUCUAGCUACUCUGGCUACUCAGAAACAAUGCGACAAAGCACAAGAGAUAGGCUUAAAUGCAUUGCACUUUGAUACUGUUGGGGGGUCUGGUUUCAGCUUUAGGGUUUUCUGACCAGCCUGUGAAAUGAUGUCUGAGAUGCUGAUAGAAAGAAAAAUUGACUUGGAUGCAGACACAAAGGCCAAACUGCAUUCAUUCGACUGCUAUUUGAAUAUUUAGGAUUCACCCAUAUGUGAGUGUCUAACCAUGCCAUUUGCUGAUUUCCUAUAAUUUAAUAAUAUGCUAAUUUCCGUGAAACCACUGUUGUUCAUUAUUCUAUUUUUAGUUGGAGUCAUCUGUCUCUAUCUGGGCUAGAAAAAAAACGCCAAUUAUUUGCUAUUAUUGGCCCAAAAUACAAUCAGCUUUUAAAAUAUUGCUCCCUUUAUUUGUCACCAUUUUUAAUGUAGGCUUUUGAAUAUGGCCGCUCAGUGAAUGUAGUAUACCCCAGACCUGUUUCAUUUAGCCCCUAAAUUCAGUAGUAGCUAUAGUGUGCACACCUUCUUCUUUUUUUUUUUAAGGACAAAUAAAUCAAGUGGUUGAAGUCGCACCUACACGUAGGUAUUUUAAGUAAAUGUGUAGAUGUUUUUUAAUGGCAGUUCAGGACGCGCUCUGCUAAUUGGCAGGCUUUUCUGUCUGCGACAAAGAGAGGCCCAGCUUAUGGCGAGCCAGAUCACAACAAACCCAAAGCCCGUGAAUGAUGUCAGCCCCCUCACAAGCACAGCAAAGGGUGCAUUCAUUCAGAGGAUUGUAGAAACUAUUUAAUGGGUGAUUGUUAAAAAAAGAGGGAAAAAAAUGUACAAAAAAGUGAGUUUCACUCUGUCUAAAUCAGUGUGGAUACAUAUGGUAGAUGUUUUAGCCAUGUGAUUAAAGCACUGCUCUGCAGUCAUGAAGCCCCAGUUCACCGUGGGCCUUAAUUCUGAGCCUGGAUGAGACAAUUCAAACUUGAACUUAUAUAUUCUCAGCCUGUGAACUGACUAUUUUUGGAAGCCAUGACACGAGCUGGUAUAUGGGCAGGCUAGCAGUAAAACGGAGGGGGUUGCACAGGGUUUGAGGGGGGGUUGCUGUGUUGCAAGAGCGAAGCUUUCAACCUUUAAUCCGCAUGUCAAAAGCAUAGGCUGCACAGGCAUAGGAAGAAGAGGAAUCGCCUGCGCCCAAAGCAGUGCGGGUUUGCCCCCCUGACGCACCAGCCUAUUCUCACGCAGCGCUCACAAUGCGCGGCUGAGGGACGGAGAUGGUGGUAAUGGCCUGUUGGGAGGGCCUUUCCACCGCUAAGACAAAUAGCUCUCUGACAGUGACGCUAUCAAUGUAAACAAUUGCAUCGUGCAGCAGCUAGAGGCUGCGUGCACACUCUCCCCCCUUCCUCCUCCUCCUCCUCCUCCUCCUCACUUCCCUGCCCUCCUCAUUCACUCAUUUACUUCGCUUUUUUGAUACAAUACUUGAGGUCAGGUUUUUGACAUGGAAUUUGAAGUCACUGGUUGUUUAUCUGAAACUGAAUAUUUAUUUUUGUGAAUUUUUCUGGGGUUUUCUUGUAUAUUGAUUUCUUUUUGUUGUGAAUAUAUAUAGGACAACUGCACUCGAAAUGGAAACUUGAACGGUGGAUUUCUGAAGCACUUUCCCUUUCUUUUUUAAUUAUGAAGCAUUCAUUAAACGCGACUGAGUGUAA